AUGGGGACCAACGAGGCGCUGCAGCGGGCAGACAGGAUUCGGCAAGGGGAGGUGGAGGCCUUUCACUGGUUGGAUUCUCACGAGGCAUCAGGGAAGGUGCCACGGUCCGUUGAAUACAAGAUCACUCUUCGUGGAACGGCCCAGGCUUUCCCUUUGGAGAAGGUUCGGUUGGCCACUUUGAAUGAGAUGGUGAGUGCCCAGUUUGUCAAUGAGGCGCUUGAGGAGGUGGAAGAUGAGCUACAGGGUGGAAGGAUAACGGUGGAAGGUCAAGCUGCGCCUCAGGCUUGGGAGGCACAGGCUGCCACACGCCGUUCGGCACAAGCUACUCGUGACUCCUCCUCCUCGUCUUCCUCGACGGAUGGUGGAGGCCCGGUCCGGUCGCUCAGGAGGCGGAUCCCCAGGCCGAAGAACAGGAGCGACGAGCCGUGCCUUCGCCGGGCAUUGUUCGAGCGAGUUGGCUCCUUCCUCUACGAGGCGGAUCCCCAGGCCAUUAGGGACCAGCUGACUUCCAUCUACAAGCCGCGCUGCGGGAACCGGACGCGAGGGUGGUGGCAAAGCGGGUGCUCGCUCAGUCGUCAUGCCCGCGGGGUGAUGGUCGCGGGUGAGGAGGUCACAGCUGGCGAGUACGAGGCUGGUUUGACCGCGGAUGAGCGUCGUUUGAUUGGGUCCGUGGUGGGGCAGCUGAACUGGGCCGCUCGUCAGGGGCGGUACGACUUGGCGUUCGUGGCGUCGUUGAUUCAGCAGCUCGCUGGUCAAGGGAAGGCGGAGGCGCUCAAGUGGUUGAACUCCGACUUGGAGCUUACAGUUCGGAAGUUCAACUGCGAGCUGGACGAGCUGCUGGUGGUGUCGGUGAGCGAUGCCGCUUUCGGAGCCAUGCCGCUCGGGGGCAGUCAAGGCGGUACCAUGGUGCUUUUCACUGACCCGUCAGUGCUGUAUGAGCAGGGGCCCGUCUGCAUCAUGGAGGCAGCCAGCACGAAGAUCCAACGUGUGGUUCGGUGCUCAAUGUCUGCUGAAGUUAGCUCUCUGGCUACAGCAUUUGAGCACGGCGACUAUGUGCGGGCGGUGCUGGCAGAACUGCUCGACCCGAGCUUCCGGAUGGAUCGCUGGAAACUCUCGGCGGCUAAGUGGCGGCAUCUCCUGGUGACCGACGCGAAGACAGGUUACGACGCAGUGGCUUCAGAAGUCUUGCCGUCGGACAGGAAGAUUGCUAUCGACGUGGGAUCGGAAAUGCCUGGUGAUGGGCUGACGAAGUGGGCGCACAAUCAAGUGCUCACACGGGAGCGCUACGUGCAGACGUGGGAUUGGGAGAUGCCGGACCGCACUAAGGCCAAGGCCUGGGCGGCUUACAUCACCGCCAUCGAGACGGACGAGAUCUGGGGCCAAGAAGUGGGUGAUCGUGCACUACUUCACUGGGUGCCGAUGCGCGGUGGUGGUGGUGGCGCUGACGUUGUCAGUGAUGCUAAGUCGGUUUGGUCGAGAUCCUCGGCUGCUGCUUCCUCGGCUCCCACGGCUUUUUGCUGGACGGCGGCUUCUGGGAAGAAAGGCGGUGGCGCAUCAGCGGACAAAAGGUCCAAGACUCCCUCGGCGACUUCCGGGCGGCGGGUGGCUCCUGCCCCUACUUUGGCCUCAGCCUGGAAGCGGCAUGACGUGGCGGUCUUCGACGGCUGGCUUCCUCGGCAAAAGGCUCUGCAUGGACGGCAGCUGGGGCAAGAUCUGCUUCGGCCUCUGCUGGGGCCCGGGCUGUGCUUAGUGAUGCCGGCACGUGUGGUGCCACCGAGCCGGGACCCUGACACUGGAUACCACUCCUCAGCCUGCUGGUGCUGGGCGUGGUUGCGGGUCAAGGCGGUGCAGGAUCGCCACCGAGAGAAGGCCCACCCCGAGGUCAGCGCCAAGGAGGUCUAUGUCCGGUGCCAUCGCUGCAUGCAGAUCCUCAAGAGGUUUAUGACGGCCCGCGAGGAGCUUGCUAAGCUACAGGCCCGGGCCCACACUUUUCAGCAUGGUAUUGAGAAGGAAGUGCUGGCCGGGAUUGUCCAGAAGGCCAGGGCUAUGAUCGGUGGCGAUCCGUGA